AUGACUCCCAGUCCACGACCAAUGGAGACCUGGGUGCUUCACGCAGCGCAGCCGGAGCUGCGACCUGUUGGGGUUCCUUUAUCCCCUGGUUGCUACCAAGCUACUGAUGCUGACAGAUUGAGAUAUACCACACUAAUUCGGGGUCGGGUGGACUCUUUAUUAAGAGAUGAAGCUUUCUACGCGGAACGUCGAGCUCGCAACGACCCGUUUCUCCAUGCCGGAGAGUGGAAACAAGUGAAAAAAGAGAAGGAUUUGACGUUCUAUCGACGACUGCAACGGGGUCGUUCACUGCGGGAAUUGGCACUUGAGGAGGAGCUUCCAGAGAUCCAACGAGCAGUCGAACGAGGCUACACGAGUAUGAUCUGUGACGGGUUCAUGAAGGGGACGAUCGAGGACAUGAUGUACGGGAUGACAGCGUCGUCUCAAGACGAUUUAAUGACGGGGUUUUCGUUCAAAGAUCCACCGAAGGACUGUGUGUGGCUUGGCACAGUGGAAACCCCCACGCCUGAGGACCCAUUUCAUACCGCAGAUUUGAUUUGGGCACUUCCCAAACUCCCGCCAGUUCUCGACCAGGUGGAUGUCUGCUAUCUCAAGGCAACCGGGGUGGAAAAGGAUGCAAAGGGGGGGAAAUAUGGAUACAUGGUGUUGCAUGGCGUGCAUGUUGCCCAGUGUCCUCCAUUUGCAGCGCACGGAAUUUCCCGCGCGAAAAUGUACUUUGCCUGUUUGUUUCGGGAACCACAAGCUGGAGUGUUAAAAGUGACGGUGCGUGGCAUUUUCGAUCUUAGUAAAAAGGUGAGGAUGUUGAAAGGACUGGUUUCUGCCGCUACGACGUCGAUCAUGGUCGGACUUUUCAAUGGAGUCGGGAUCGGAGAAGCCAAGAAACUCACACUUUUAGCGAAACGCAAUCGCAGCAGACCCCACGACCCUCUCAACAUUCCGAAACAGUCACUGUGCUACAUGUGCUGCAAACGUGCAUCGUUUCUCAGUCGUUCCAAAAUGUUCGGGACAUAUCUCGUCACUUGUUACGUGUGUGGAGGGACUGUGUGCUCUAAUUGUAUGGUUAAGCAACGAGUAUUCCUUGGAGCCAACCAUCCGUGUUCCAAAGUCGACUGUUGUCCAAAUUGCGUGCGUGAAGCAGUGACGACGAUCCAUGUGCGGCCUGCAGAGCCAGAAUUUCUGGUUGUGGCCGAGUUUUACCUCAACCAACGCUCAGUGGCAUCGCCAGAGAUUCUAGGAGAACUUCCGCGAAAUGAGGGGAUGAAGACAAACUCCUCAGCGGGAAUACCAACGGCCUCAACGACGGACGAGAGUGUGGGCGAGUACCAACUCGACUUUGACGAUGACCCUUUUUCAAUUGCACUGACUUUACCGGAGCUCCGUCGCAGUUCUAUUGAAGACGUGGAAAACAAAGAACCGGAUUCAAGUCCUGAGGCUGAAGCUGGGUCGUUUUCGAGUGAAAUUAAGGUCUGGGGCCACCGGAUCAGUGUGGACGACGACGACUUUAUCCCUUCAACUGGUGCCGACAGGUUAUAUAACGCCAUGCAGAUGGAACGAAGACUUUUAGAACUAAAUAUCCAGGCAGAGCAGACCUACGCACAGACGCAGGAGACAACGAUCAGCAUGCGGCGCGGACGACGGUAUUGA